UUGUUGUUCUCUCUUCUCAAAUUACAGUCACGAUGAUCAAUAAUCGCGUUUUGCAAAUAGAUUCUGCACCGAGUUAUAGCUUCUGAAAACCCUAAUUAUUCAUAUCUUCACUAUUCAACACCAAUUUCUCCGUUUCGAUUGGAGCAAAUAAAUGGAUUCGGACGAAGAAGAUUUUGUUUUCUUCGGAACGCCGAUUGAACGUGAGGAAGAUUCAAUCAGCCGCAAAAAGAAAGCCAUUGCCGAAUCCUCCGGUCAACUCCGAACUCUCCCUGCGUGGAAACAAGAGGUUAGAGAUGACGAAGGGAGGAGAAGAUUCCACGGUGCAUUUACAGGAGGUUUUUCUGCUGGUUACUAUAAUUCGGUGGGCUCAAAGGAAGGAUGGGAACCACAAACUUUUAAAUCGUCCAGGAAGAACAGAGCUGAAUUCAAAGAGCAGAACAUAUUGAAUUUUCUAGACGACGACGAGAAAGCUGAUCUGGAAGGUCAGUUUUUGGGGACAUCUUCACAGUUUGACACAUUUGGUUCCACAGCUGCUGAAAUUGCUCACAAACAAGCUGAGAAGGAACAGAAACAGAGGCCAUCAAUAAUUCCUGGACCUGCUCCCGAUGAAUUAGUUAUUCCAGCCACAGAGUCUGUAGGGGUGAAACUGCUGUUGAAGAUGGGAUGGAGUCGUGGUCGCUCAAUUAAGGAUUCACACGCUGAUGCACUCUAUGAUGCUAGAAGACAGGCUCGGAGAGCUUUCAUCGCAUUUUCUUCAGACGAUACAAAAGUGAAGGUUACGGACUCUGAGCCUACCAAGGGUGAUAUUGAUAACUUCCUCGACCAGCCUGUGAACGAUGAUGCUCAGUCUUCUAAGAGCACACCGGUUUACGUACUCAACCCAAAGCAAGACCUGUAUGGAUUAGGUUUUGAUCCUUAUAAGCAUGCUCCUGAGUUUAGAGAGAUGAAAAGGUCACGCCCAUCCAGCAAAACGGGAUCGGGGCACAGCAAAAAAUUUUCCGCAAGAGACAGUCUUUUUGGUUUUAAGUCAGGAAAGGCUGCCCCUGGUUUUGGCAUUGGUGCACUUGAGGAACUUGAUGCCGAGGAUGAGGAUGUCUAUGCCACUGGUUAUGAAAUUGAAGAUGCUUAUGUUCAAGAAGAGAUUGAGGAGCCUUCAAUGUUGACCCUUGAAAAACCGAAAAAGGAAGAUCAGAAGGACCAGGGUAAUCUUCCUGGUUUCAGAGCGGCAUCCAAUUCUGACUAUAAAAUGGAAAGAUUUGAGGCUCCUCUGGUUCCCAAGGAUUUCGUGCCCCAUCAUGCGUUUUCUGGACCUCGUGAUAUUAACCACCAGAACUACGAGGUCCCUCCACCAGAUGUUCCUCCUCCUGAGGAUAACACUUUAAAAUUAUUAAUGGAGGGGGUUGCAAAUCUGGUAGCUAAAUGUGGCAAAUUAUAUGAGGAUUUAUCUAGAGAAAAAAACCGAUCAAAUCCAUUGUUUAACUUCCUCUCUGGAGGAACUGGCCACGAUUAUUAUGCAAGGAAACUGUGGGAAGCACAGCAGAAAUGCAAUGAUCAAACUAGGGUGCAGUUGGAUGGAAAAAUGCCUCCUGGUGUGCAAAGGCUGACAGCUGAGAGUCGAGGUCAGAUCUUAGGGGAAAAACCUCUAGAGAAAACCUCCGAAGAUCCAUCCUCAUCUAUUUCUUCUACAGAUAUUCAGCUCCAGUAUAAUCUUAUAGAUACAUUUACCAAGUCUGCAUCAUUUAGUGAGUUAUCAGAAUUUGAAAAGCCUUUCAAGGAUGAUCCUGCAAAGCAAGGAAGAUUUGAGCAGUUUAUCAAGGAGAAGUAUAAAGGUGGAUUACGCUCUGGAAGUUCGAGUUUAGCUGGGAAUAUGUCAGAAGCUGCCCGUGCUCAAGAGAGACUAUCUUUUGAGGCUGCAGCUGAUGCAAUAGAAAAGCGAAAACAGAGCAGAGGAAGCAAGCUUUCAAUUCCAUCUUCGAUGGAUUUCAUCACAGGUGGUGUGAUGGAGUUCACAUCUGGUGCAAUAGAGCCAACAAAAGACCAGCCAGCUGUAGAUUUUAAGGAGAAAAAAAUGUACCCAAAGAGGGAGGAGUUUCAGUGGCGUCCUUCACCUCUUCUCUGCAAGCGUUUCGAUCUUGUUGAUCCUUACAUGGGAAAGCCUGCACCUGCUCCACGGAUUAGGAGUAAGAUGGAUUCAUUGAUUUUUACAUCAGAUUCAGUGAAGGGUAAAGUGGAAGAGCCCGUGACUGCAAAGAAAGACAUCUCAAUCUUGCAACAAUCUGCUAAUAAAGGCAUAAACAAAAGUAUAGCUGAAAAUGAAACUGAAGAGGAAGUGGAAGUUGAAAAUAUUGAAAGGCCAGUUGACCUAUACAAGGCUAUUUUCUCUGAUGAUUCAGAUGAAGGUGAAGACAAUAAUAUUGUAAAAGUGGAGAAUCAAGAAAAGAAAGCUGAAGUAGCUAACACAGCAUUGAGCCGUCUGAUUGCCGGUGACUUUCUGGAAUCUUUGGGCAAGGAACUAGGGAUUGAGGUUCCUCCCGAUACACCUUACCCUACGCAAAAGUCAGGCAAAGAUGCUCCCCUGAAAGAAAAUGUUAAUGAGUAUGCAAAACCUGAAUUCAUGAACGGUGAAAACAAUAGUGUGGUGUCAUUGAAACAUGAUUUGCCACAGCAUCAGUACAUUACCCAUGAGGGUGGACCCUCAAGAGGUGACAACAGUUAUGGAAAUAUGCUCGAUAAUCAGAGCAUCAGAACCAAGGGAACUAGUGUCUCCGAUAGUAAAUCAAGGAAGUCUAAUGGGGAGAAGCGUGAAGAUGAUAGGAAAGUUAAAUCACCUUUAGUCGGAAACCAAGAUUAUAGCAGCAGUUCAGAGGAGGAAAGGAGCAGAAAACGCUCUAGGCAUCAUCGACACAGGAGGCGUGAUGUAGGAAGUGAUUCAUCCAGUGAUGAUGAAAAAGAUCGACGCAGUUCAAGGUCAAAAGGGAGACGGGAAAAGUCUUCUCGAGAAAAAAGCAGUGGAAGUAAGAAACACUCAAAACAUAAAAAACACAGAAAACAUGACUCUCCAAGUAGAUCCUCCCAUUAUAGCAUGGAUAGGGACGAUGCAUAUUCCAGAAAAGAGAAAAGACGAAGGGAAUGAGUGAGGUACCUGUUUCCUUUACUCUCAAUAACUUUUGAGUUUUGCUGGAGGAUAGUUGCUGUACUGGAAAAUGUUGUGUGUUAUGGGGUUGUGAUGCUGAGGUGCAGCUUAUGCAUUUCAUUUGCUCUGAGCUAAACUCAAGCCUCCUAUUGUGACUAGGUUUUGUGAUUCACCGCUUUGAAGGAAUGCUGUUUAUUUCAAUUUCCCUACCCAAUCCUUUAUAAUUUUAGGGAAAUGGAAUGUUUACCUGAUAUGGUCUUAGACAUAAUCAGGGAGUUCUAUGCCCAAAAAAAUAUUAGGGGAACUUAGACCUUUCUUCUCAGGAACCUGAGUAGCAAUGUAUGUGAUAAAUAAAAUCAGGAUAUCCUUUUUUUGGUCAUUAUGAAACUGGGAUAAAUCUAAACGGGAUACCUUAAAGUAUAGUGAUAGAUUAGACGGAUGUCGAAUUAUCAUAGUCAACGCAGUGCAUAAUUGAAGGGGUUCAAUACCUUGCCAGAGGAUUGUGAAGUGGCACAGCUCCAAAUUAACAAUCAUUAAUGCCACUUAUUAUUUUAUAACAUUACCGGUGAUUCUGGGUACCACUUUUUGCUUCAAACUUAAAGCUUCUUGCGAGGUUAGCAAAUUUUUGGACUUGGAAAAUAUCAGUACACCUUACCAAUGUAGAUAUUUAGAUGAUGCUGCUAAUAAUUGUAGUGUAUACAGUACUUACUAGUAUGCAUCUUUAUGUCUUGAUUUAUUGAUCAA